AUGGCAGAGCCAUCUUUGAGACCAAAACUAUGGCCUCUAGCUCUACUACUCUUGGGCUCCACUUCUGGUGCCAUUCUAUUUGGUUUGGUGCACCAAAAUGGCAGUAGUACUACUACUACUGUGGUUAUGAUUGGUGGUUUGUUACUUUCGGCGGUGGCGGUGGCGGUGGUGGCUGCGGCUGCGAUGGCUUUGGUGACGUGGAUCACAGUUAUGGUAUUGUUAUCGUUGAUUGGGAGGACGAGAAGGAGGUUGGUGGCGGAGGGGAAGAAGAUUAGUAAAGAGAUAAUGGUGGGGUUUGUGGUGAAGGUUUUGUUGAAGGAAGGCAAUGUUAUGGGUGCCAUUUCAGCUGCUGUUUUGGGUUACUUGGCCUUUGCAUGGGGUCCAUUAUUGUUCUUUCCUACACCAAAUUAUUUUGGUUGA